ACACCGCUUCAAAAGAAAGAAUAUUCUUAGGUUGGGAAUAAAGUAAAGUGAGAUCAAACAGGUAAUUGUCAAUUACCAUCGUACCUACAUUCCCUCUUCUUCGGAACACUCUCGCUUUCGCCUUCCUCAAUCCCACUCGGCAAAUGAGUCGCCAUCCUGAAGUUCUGUGGGCACAACGUUCUGAUAAGGUUUAUCUUACUGUUGCUCUACCUGAUGCCAAGGAUGUUUCUGUGAAGUGUGAGCCUCAGGGUUUGUUUAGUUUCUCUGCUUCUGGGGUUCAAGAUGAAUCCUACAGCUUUAGCUUGGAACUAUAUGGAUCCAUUCAACCGGAGGGUUGUAAAACUAAAUCUGGCCUAAGAAACAUAAUAUGCUCAAUUCAGAAAGGAGAAAAAGGUUGGUGGAAGAGGCUAUUGAAGUCUGAAGAGAAACCUGCUCCAUACCUGAAGGUUGACUGGAACAGAUGGUGCGAUGAGGAUGAUGAAGAGUCAACUUCUGAUGUGGUAUCUGAUGAUGAUACUAGGUUUGUCGGUCAAGAUGAUGGAAGUAGUGAUGAUGAUGGAAUGUUGUAUCUUCCUGACUUGGAAAAGGCUAGGGGAUAGUAACUCUUACAGUACUAACAAAAGAUUUAAGAAGCAUGGUGGAGAUGGAAUCAUAUGGAACUACUUAGAUAGGGGCAGGGAUCUACUUGAUAAGAUGCUCUGUGAUAUGAUUGUGACUGCCUUGUAUAUAGAAUCUGAGUAGUGCUUUGAAAACACAGUCUUGAUCUUCUGUGACUACUUGGGACCAAUUCUGAUGAGAGGGGUUCUUUGAAGGGAAUGCUGGUUUCAUCAUAUGAUCCAACAUUUUCUUGAACCUCAAUUGUUUUGAGAUUAGACAACCCUAACUUCGUGUAUUUGUCAUUUCAAGAUUGCAACUUUUAUACAAAAAAAAUGCUAUCGUUUUUCUUAUUUUAUUAAA